AUGAGAUCACCUAGAGGAUUGCCAUUGAGUGGAGGUAGAGUGACUGGAUUGGAUGAGGGUUAUGGGAGAGGUAUUGAUUUUGGACAGAUUCAGCCAAAUCCUAAAGUUAUUGGAGCUCAUGGUGGUGAUGAUGAGGAUCCUGAGGAUCAUAUUCCCCUGAUUAGACGACGGGUUCGAAGAGUUACUCGAACUGAGGUUCCAGCAGUUGGACAGGUUGGUGAUGCAAAUUAUUUAGGCGAAUUUUUAUCCUCAAGUUUUUUGGCAUUGGCAUAUUGGAUACAUUGGCGGUUUGCAGGGGUUUGCAGGGCUUUGUGCGGUUCUCAACAAGAGAGAACGCACGUCUCCAGAGGCUGCAGGGCCCGUCAAAGCAAAGUCCUGACGGUUGCUUCAAACAGAUGGCGACCCAGAAAAGACUUACAGAGAUCACAGAUCUAUGGAAAAUCGAGUACGAGUGCGAGAAACAAAGCAUGCAAACAUAUGGCUAGUAAGUUUUCAUUUUGGACAUGCAAAACUACUAUGCGCAGGCAGGUUCUGACUGAGAAAAGGAAUACAUUGUUCUGGGCAAUUUCGAAGAGGAUUAAAGAGGACAACAGACAUUUUAGGUUUUGUAUUGUUUCCAAUAUUUCCAAUCUAAAGUUCAUCAACAUAGAGCAUGGCUACAACAUACAGAGCAUAGCAGAGCAAGCCUAGAGAAUCCAAAGCAUGGCAUUGCACAAAUUGGAACUG